CUCUCCUCUCAGGAAAUCCUCAAACACAUAAACUCAUAAGCAUUUCCUCUCUCUCUUUACAAAACUCAUCUCCAUUUUUUCAUUCUCUUCAUUCUAUCAACAUGGAAGCAACUACCCUUACCAACGGUCACCAAAACGGUUCCUUCUGCUUGCCGUCCGCCAAGAGCAGUGAUCCGCUGAAUUGGGGAACGGCCGCGGAGGCGCUCAAGGGGAGCCACCUCGACGAGGUCAAGCGCAUGGUGGCCGAAUACCGUCAGCCGCUGGUCCGCCUCGGUGGCGAGACGCUCACCAUCGCUCAGGUGGCGGCGGUGUCUGCACAUGACCAAGGCGUGAGGGUGGAGCUGUCGGAGUCCGCUCGGGAAGGUGUUAAGGCGAGCAGUGACUGGGUGAUGAACAGCAUGAACAAUGGCACUGACAGUUACGGCGUCACCACCGGCUUCGGUGCCACCUCACACCGCCGAACCAAAGAAGGUGGUGCUCUGCAGAAAGAACUUAUCAGGUUUUUAAACGCUGGAAUAUUUGGAAAUGGGACUGAAUCAUGCCACACACUGCCACACACAGCAACUAGAGCAGCCAUGCUAGUGAGGAUCAACACUCUUCUUCAAGGCUACUCAGGCAUCAGAUUCGAAAUCUUAGAAGCAAUCACCAAGCUCCUUAACAACAACGUUACCCCAUGUUUGCCACUUCGUGGUACAAUCACGGCUUCUGGAGAUCUUGUUCCACUUUCCUAUAUUGCUGGUUUGCUAACUGGCAGACCUAACUCCAAAGCUGUUGGACCUUCUGGAGAAGUACUUAAUGCCAAGCAAGCUUUUGAAUCGGCUAACAUCAAUUCUGCCUUCUUUGAAUUGCAACCCAAGGAAGGCCUUGCCCUCGUUAAUGGCACGGCUGUCGGUUCUGGCUUAGCUUCUAUUGUUCUCUUUGAUGCAAAUAUACUGGCUGUGUUGUCUGAAGUUCUAUCAGCCAUUUUUGCCGAAGUGAUGCAAGGGAAGCCUGAGUUCACCGAUCAUUUGACACACAAAUUAAAGCACCACCCUGGUCAGAUUGAGGCUGCUGCCAUCAUGGAGCACAUUUUGGAUGGAAGUUCCUACAUGAAGGAUGCCAAGAAACUGCACGAAAUAGAUCCUUUGCAAAAGCCAAAACAAGAUAGAUAUGCCCUCAGAACUUCACCACAGUGGCUUGGUCCUCUCAUUGAAGUGAUUCGUUUCUCCACCAAGUCAAUUGAGAGAGAGAUUAACUCUGUGAAUGACAACCCUCUUAUUGAUGUUUCAAGGAACAAGGCACUGCAUGGUGGUAAUUUCCAAGGAACCCCAAUCGGAGUCUCCAUGGACAACACACGUUUGGCUCUUGCAUCUAUUGGAAAACUCAUGUUUGCUCAAUUCUCCGAGCUUGUCAACGAUUUUUACAACAACGGUCUGCCUUCGAAUCUCACUGCUAGCAGAAAUCCUAGCUUGGAUUAUGGUUUCAAGGGAGCUGAAAUUGCCAUGGCUUCCUAUUGCUCUGAACUUCAGUAUCUCGCAAAUCCAGUAACAAGCCAUGUCCAAAGUGCUGAGCAACACAACCAAGACGUGAACUCUCUCGGUCUGAUUUCGUCCAGGAAGACAAAUGAAUCUAUUGAGAUCCUUAAGCUCAUGUCUUCCACCUUCUUGAUGGCACUUUGCCAAGCAAUUGACUUGAGGCAUUUGGAGGAGAAUAUGAAAAGCUCGGUCAAGAACACUGUCAGUCAAGUUUCCAAGAGGACUCUUACCACAGGUGGCAACGGAGAACUCCACCCUUCAAGAUUUUGCGAAAAGGAUCUACUGAAAGUGGUUGACAGGGAGUAUGUAUUUUCCUACAUAGAUGACCCAUGCAGUGCUACAUACCCACUGACGCAAAAACUCAGGCAAGUGCUUGUAGACCAUGCCUUGGUAAAUGCAGAGAAUGAGAAGGACGUUAACACAUCGAUCUUUCAAAAGAUUGCAAUUUUUGAGGAGGAGUUGAAGACCAUCUUGCCAAAGGAGGUUGAAAGUGCAAGGGCUGCUUAUGAGAGUGGGAAAGCUGCAAUUCCAAACAAGAUCAAAGAAUGCAGAUCUUACCCACUGUACAAGUUUGUGAGAGAGGAGUUGGGGACUGGGUUGCUAACCGGAGAAAAGGUGAAGUCACCAGGUGAAGAGUUUGACAAAUUAUUCACUGCAAUAUGCCAGGGUAAAAUCAUCGAUCCUCUUCUAGAAUGCCUUGGAGAGUGGAAUGGAGCUCCUCUUCCGAUAUGUUAAUUUUACUGUCACUUUCCUAAAUUUUUCUCUGUACCUAUGCAAGUGAAACCAUAAUAAAUUGGUUUGACAAGCUUUUUAAACCUUAUUGUAAUGUUUCCUACAUGUCAAAUAGGACCUUGUAAUUUAAUAUUAUAGUGAAAUUUCAGUUCUUUAAUAA